UUUUAACUCUCUCUCUCUCUCCCCAUCAUCCUCAACAUUCAGCGUUUUGUUUCUGCAUCUUCUCUCGUUUUGAUCAUCAAAGAUCUCGAGCGGCAAUGCAGAAGCGAGCGGGCCUCUCGUUUCCGGAAGAAGUUCUGGAGCACGUAUUCUCCUUUAUCCACCUCCACAAUGAUAGGAACUCCGUUUCCCUCGUCUGCAAGUCGUGGUACGAGAUCGAGCGGUGGUGCAGGAGGAGAGUCUUCAUCGGGAACUGCUACGCCGUGAGCCCCGCGACUCUGAUAAGGAGGUUCCCGAAAGUGAGAUCCGUGGAGCUGAAGGGGAAGCCGCACUUCGCUGACUUCAAUUUGGUGCCGGAGGGAUGGGGAUGGUACGUGUAUCCGUGGAUUGAGGCGAUGUCGAAGGCGUACACGUGGCUGGAGGAGAUUAGGCUGAAGAGGAUGGUGGUGAGCGACGAGUGCUUGGAGCUUAUAGCUAAGUCGUUUAAGAAUUUCAAAGUUAUCGUGCUUUCUUCCUGCGAUGGCUUCUCCACCGAUGGCCUCGCUGCUAUCGCCUCCACGUGCAGGAAUCUGAAAGAGCUUGAUUUGCGUGAGAGUGAUGUUGACGACGUUAGCAGCCACUGGCUUAGCCAUUUCCCUGAUACAUACACUUCCCUGGUAUCACUCAACAUCUCUUGCUUAGCCUCCGAUGUAUGUUUCUCUGCUCUGGAGAGGCUGGUGAGUAGGUGUCCCAAUCUCAAGUCUCUCAAGCUUAACCGAGCCGUUCCUCUUGAAAAAUUGGCUACUUUGCUUCGAAGAGCGCCUCAGCUGGAGGAAUUGGGCACCGGUGGCUACACUGCUGAUGUGCGUUCAGAUUUGUUUAAUGAUUUAUAUGUAGCUCUCUCUGGGUGCAAGAAGUUGAAGUGCUUAUCUGGGCUUUGGGAUGCUGCUUCUGCCUAUCUUCCAGCUUUUUAUUCAGUUUGCGGUCGGCUUACGACUUUGAACCUGAGUUAUGCAACUGUCCAGAGCUAUGAUCUUGUCAAGCUUAUUACCCUUUGUCCUAAAUUGCAGCGCCUCUGGGUGCUGGACUAUAUUGAGGAUGCUGGUCUUGAGGUGCUUGCUUCAACCUGCAAGGACCUUAGAGAGCUGAGAGUGUUUCCGUCUGAGCCUUUUGUCAUGGAGCCAAACGUCGCAUUGACGGAACAGGGGCUUGUCUCCGUCUCCGCGGGCUGUCCAAAGCUCGAGUCUGUUCUCUACUUUUGCCGUCAAAUGACCAAUGAUGCGUUGGUAACCAUUGCUAGGAACCGUCCCAACAUGACUCGCUUCCGUUUGUGCAUCAUUGAGCCGAAAGCCCCUGACCAUCUAAUACUAGAGCCACUUGAUGUGGGUUUCGGAGCCAUAGUAGAGCACUGCAAAGAUCUCCGGCGGUUCUCCUUAUCAGGGCUCCUGACCGACAAGGUUUUCGAAUACAUUGGGAAGUAUGCAAAGAAGAUGGAAAUGCUCUCCGUGGCGUUUGCAGGAGACAGUGACUUAGGAAUGCAUCAUGUUUUGUCAGGGUGCGAAAGCCUGAGGAAACUAGAGAUAAGGGACUGCCCGUUUGGAGACAAUGCGCUAUUGGCCAAUGCUUCGAAGCUGGAGACAAUGCGAUCUCUUUGGAUGUCUUCUUGUUCCGUGAGUUUUGGAGCCUGUAAGUUAUUAGGACAGAAGAUGCCAAAGCUCAAUGUGGAAGUCAUCGAUGAGCGGGGUCCACCUGACUCGAGACCUGAGAGCUGCCCUGUUGAGAGAGUGUUUAUAUUCCGAACAGUAGCGGGUCCUCGGUUUGACAUGCCUGACUUCGUCUGGAACAUGGACCAACAGUCAUCAAUGAGUGUUUAACGAAAAACUAAACGAGCUACAUUCUUUCAUUAAAUCCUUGCUCAUCAUCUCCCCAUAUAAAUUGUUCCAGUUUAGGAACAUGGGAGAGAAAGAGGGGUUGGCCUUCAUUAGUUUAUUUCUGGGGCAGCUUCAUAUAACAACCUAACUCAUGAGCAACGAGUAAGAGGAAGAGAGAGGAUCCGAGAGACCUUUAUAUAUGUAUAUAUUGUUGUAUGUUUGUUUGUCUACUUACUGGUUAGGGUAUUAUUUUCUUCAGAGGAUGAUGUUCAGAUAUUUUUGUAAAAGAAAAUAAUGUCAAAAAUGUAACUGCUCUAAUUAUUU